AUGUACACGACAAAUGAAGAAGAUCAGCGAAAGGCCGCUGCGCUAAAGGCGCGGCUAGCCGAACAAAGUGCUACCUGCGAUGGCAAUGCUGGAUCCGACCCAACGUCAUCCGUACCGGCCGUAUCCAUGGACGAAGGUGCCCACAAAUAUGUACUGAUCAAGGCGUCGAGGCCGAAAAGCACUGAGCCUGAAUAUUUUGUGGUGAGCUCCAGAUUUGCCAACUACCAUCAAGAUGCCGCAGAACCCAUGGUGGAAUCAUUGGAGCGUGGAGGGUAUGGCGAGAUUGAUGUGACCGGGGGUGGUCGCAUAAAUCUGGAUACCAGUGGCAAGAAAAUAUCCAUCUACGGCUUUUCCUACGGAUUUGGUCUGGCAGAUCAUUCCAUUAGCAAGAGAGUGGUCCAAGCUGACCCCAGAUAUAAGGACUUUGAAAUUGACACUUCCAAUGAAGGGUAUUGA